AAAGAAGAGGAGUUGGUAAAUGUAACGUGGGAGAUUGACGUCUUCCAGUUGUUCCUUUGCUGCGUCAUUUGCUCUGCACACCAAAUAAGUAGUAUCUGAAACUUGCGAUUUCAUUCUCCCUCCACACCACUAGUCUCUUCACUCUCAUUUUUCCCUUUCAUCUGUUGCGCUGAGUUCAUACAUUAACUUAGAACGAAAAUUUAGGGGUUUUCUUUAUUUGGUAUGUUUAGGGAGGGUGAAUUGAAGCCCAUGGAUGCAGAGCAACUGAGAGAGUAUGGUCACCAAAUGGUGGAUUUCAUUGCUGAUUAUUACAAGAAUAUCGAGAACUUUCCUGUUCUCAGUCAAGUUCAGCCCGGUUAUCUUCGUAAGCUACUUCCUGAAACCGCACCUGCUCAUUCCGAGACAUUGCAAGACGUUCUUGAAGAUGUACAGACAAAAAUAUUACCAGGGGUGACUCAUUGGCAGAGCCCAGAUUACUUUGCAUAUUUUCCUUCUAAUAGUAGUGUAGCUGGAUUUUUGGGGGAGAUGCUCAGUGCCGGGAUUAACAUGGUUGGUUUUAGUUGGAUAACUUCUCCAGCAGCAACAGAACUCGAAAUGAUCGUUCUGGAUUGGCUUGCUAAAGAACUUAAGUUGCCCGAUGAAUUCCUUUCAACAGCUCAAGGAGGUGGAGUUAUACAGGGAACAGCAAGUGAAGCUGUUCUAGUUGUGCUUUUAGCUGCUCGGGACAAGGUCUUGAGAAAGGUCGGAAAAGAUGCAAUUGGCAAAUUGGUGGUCUAUUGUUCUGAUCAAACUCAUUCUGCUUUACAGAAAGCUUGCCAGAUAGGAGGAAUUCAUCCUGAGAACUUUAGGAUGCUGAAAGCAGACCCAUCCAAGGAUUAUGCUCUUUCUCCUGACACACUUUCAGAAGCUGUAUCACAUGACCUGGCCACUGGUUUAAUACCCUUCUUCUUUUGUGCUACUAUUGGUACAACAUCUUCCACUGCUGUGGAUCCUUUGCUUGCCCUGGGAAAGAUUGCCAAGAGUAAUAGCAUGUGGUUUCAUGUGGAUGCUGCCUACGCUGGAAGUGCAUGUAUCUGUCCAGAAUUCCGGCACUAUAUUGAUGGUGUAGAAGAAGCUGAUUCUUUCAACAUGAAUGCACAUAAGUGGUUCCUGACAAACUUUGACUGUUCAGCUCUCUGGGUCAAGGAUCGGAGUGCACUUAUCCAGUCACUGUCAACAAAUCCUGAAUUUCUCAAAAACAAAGCUUCUCAAGGAAACUUGGUUGUGGAUUACAAGGACUGGCAAAUUCCCCUUGGACGCAGGUUCAGAUCAUUGAAGUUGUGGAUGGUAUUGAGACUCUAUGGGAUGGAAAAGCUUCAAGCUUACAUAAGAAACCAUAUAGAACUAGCAAGGCAUUUUGAGGAACUCGUUGCUCAAGACCAGAGGUUUGAGAUUGUCACCCCUCGGAAGUUCUCUUUGGUUUGCUUUCGCUUGCUACCACCCCAGAGUAAUGAAGAUUAUGCCAACAAUCUGAACCAUGACCUGCUAGAUGCUGUUAACUCAACUGGGAAAUUGUUUAUUUCACACACGGUUCUUUCAAAUAGAUACGUACUACGUUUUGCAAUAGGGGCCCCACUAACAGAAGAGAGGCACAUUCUUGCAGCUUGGAAAGUUUUUCAAGACGAGGCUGCUACAUUGUUAAGCAAAUGUUAAUAGUAAGCCAAUUAUUUGACAUCAUUAUUAAUUGAUCACAUUAUCGAAAUGUAACUUCUUGUCUUCUUGUUCUCAUUGACCCUUCUAUUACAGUAUUUUACUUGAAUGACUUUUCUGUUCUAUUUUUAACAAAGGCUAGAAUACGGCUAGGGUUUUUCUUGUUAUCUUUGAUCACGCGAUGUCGCUCGAACUCAGAUCAUCUUUAGUUCUGAUGAUUGGCUGAAAGAAUCAUUUUUGCUUUCAAUAAUAUAUUAGUGACCCAUUUAUAUCAGUCAGAGUAAUAUUUGUUAUGUAACUGAUAUGAUAAUUUUCGAAUAGCCAAAAUAACUGCUUACGUUAUUGUAUUUCUUAUCACGAAUCUUAACUUCUUAGGGCUAAUGAAAUGAUUAUAUGCAUGAUAAGAAAGGGGAGGUACACCUCGUCUAUUAAAUUAGACAGAAUAAUACGGCAAAGACUUGAGGAUACAAGAAGAUUUCACUUACGAACUGUAUGAGAUUAGGAUCAUCCUGAAGAGCAGAAAAUCAAGGCACAUUUAGAAGAGAUAAGGUGCCCCCUGUAUUGCAAUGUAAAAGUGUACACAUCAGACAAUAAAUCUAACUCCUCCAUGACUAGCACUCUUAGGCUUUAUCUAAAGUUCUAUUUGAUUUCCUUUCUUUUGUAAUUUUUGGUGCUUACAUCAGUGAAUUGCCAAAAUUUAAACUACUUUAUCCAAAUUCAAUUUCCUGAGUUGCUGCGGCACGAUAUAAUAAUCAAUGAGAUGAUCUAUAUGUCUUCUAAAGUGUGAAUUGGUAGCUUUGAGGUUUAUGUGGGGACCACUAGUUAAUUAUAAUCUUUUAGUAACAGGAAAGGGCUGUGUCGCUAUUGAGAAGAGUGAAGUGAGUAUGCACAGGGGCGGAUGAACCUUGGCUUUCGUCGGGAAAAUGUACUAAAUAGGUAUAUGUAAUUAAUAUGCAGAAAUAACUUAAGAAAGAUAAUAAAGAAAUGACAGUGCUUAGAGCAAACAAUUCCUUAGCUCACCUGGUCAAGCGGCUCUUUUGCUUCUCUAGGUUGUGGGUUCAAGCCCUAGCAGCAGCAUGUGUUGUUUAUUUUAUAAAUUUUGUGCCCUAUUUAUUAAAAGAUUACUCUUAUAAUAACUUUUACGAUGCUAGUCCCAUAGUUGUCAUGUUUUAAUGAGGAUAUUAAAUAACAUUAAAAAAUACCGAAUUCAACUUAAAAAAUAAAAGCUUAUCGAGGAGAGUUGUAGUAAUAGUUUGAAUGUUUUUUUUAAAAUAUGAUUCGAACUGUAUAUUUUAAUAAGAUGUUGUUAUGUAGAUGUGUUUAUUUCUACGCCCCUGAGUAUGCAGUAAAAGAAAGGGAGUAGCCACGCAAUCUGCAAAUGGCUUUCUGAUGACAUAUCUUCCCAAAUAGGAAUAGAUUAGACCAUCACACUGGCACAAGGGGCUAAUAACUCAGUGGUGUAAACCCUUGUAUUCCACUAUGCUUUACUCAUCCAUGGGCAAAUCUCUGUCUGUGUCAAAGGCCCUCUACCUCCCACCAACACUAUGUGUUAGCAGCCUAGAACUUGCUCCAAGUUGUCACUCUAUAGUCUAUCCCUGUAUAAAAUAUUUCCUUUUUCAGUCUCAUCAUAAGUAACAAACUGAUCUAGUUGAACCUUGCAUCUGGUUCACUCCAGUUAGUCUUCAUUCUCUAGAACCAGGAACCAACCUUUUACAUUUAUAGCUGCUAUAACCGGAGGAGAUGGAAAAGGUGUCCUGUUAGAAUCUGCAAGUUAAAUGCGUAGUGAACAAAAUGCAGUUUGUGGCAAAUCUCCCAUCUACUUUUUAAUGGAUCUCAGCUGAAUUUCUAUGCACUUCCACUCAAAAUUGGGUGUAUCCACUGAAGUUCAAGGUGAGAAGUGCUAAUCUUGUACUUUUGAUUUUUUAUCAAUUAUACUUUGAAGCUUCAUUUGCUUGUAUUUGUGGUCCAUAACAAGAGUGGAAAAUGCAGUGCAGUUACAAAUAUCCGCGGUAAUGGCUCUCUGCUUCAUUUAAUUCAACAUGAUUAAGAUAUUUGUUGUGUUCUGAAUUUGCUAUUUUACUUGAAACUGAAAGUAUAGGUCCUAGCCAGACUUUCUUCUUAUAUUUAAAGUAUAAAACUUUAAAUCUCUGUCAUGUCGUGGUCUUUUACUUCUCACAAUUAAAUUUAGAAACAAGCCAAUGCACAACCUCUGCCUUUAAUUUUUCUUAGGGUGAAUAAAUGAACUACUAAUAUUGGAGCCAGAUAAUUUCGUAGUUUGAAUAUUAAGAUCAUUUUGUUACCACUUCUAUGAAUAGAAUUUAGAAUUUGAAUUUUUGUGCUUUCCUUGAUGUAUACCAAACAUGUCAAGAUGUCCCAAAAGGGCAAGUGUAUAAAUAACUUGGAAUGAAGGGAGUACGAUCACUAAUUUAGUAACCUAAAAUUUAUUGACAGAUUGCAAUGACCCUGUACUAUCAAUAUCAAUUUUUUUUACUUCAAUAGCAUAGUCCAUAGCAUUGCCUGAAGGUUGAAUCUGUGAACUUUUGUUUCUUCUAAGGCAUGAGCUUACUGUGUGAAAUCUGUUAUUUAUAUAUCAUUGAAAUCUGUUACCAUUUCAAAAAAAAAAAAUGAUCUUAGCGUGUGAAACCAGGGAGUUUUAGAAAGAUUUCUUGAGAUGAGGUGGUUCAGGUGAUGAUGAGACCUCUAAAUUAGAUGUCUGUGGAAUUGUUUCCUAGAUACAUAUGUGUCAGUUAGUUAUUCUCCUUCUACCUUAGGGCCAUAAGUUCUUUGGGCAACUAAGUUGGGAUAAUCAAUACUCCUGUCAAAUAAGCAGAAGAGAGGGGGAGGGAGAGAAAUAGAGAAGAUAAGACCAUUCAAUUUGAAUAAUUUUAUAGAUAUCCAUAGAUAGAAUAACCUAUUUGUAGAUAGAUAUAUUCCUUGAUUUGGGUAGAGGCGGAGGUGGAGGACUGAAGCACUGUAAAAGGUGCUUCAGAUGCUCAUUUUCCAUUUGUUAGUGCUCUAUUAUUCCAGUAAUGAGAAUUUGCAUUUGGACUAUUCAGCCUUUUCUAAUGGGUGCUUGUUUCAAAUCUGCUAAAUAUCUUGCAUAGUAUUGACGGAAAUUGCUUCAGUUGACAAUGCUGUAUGCUGAUUUAUCAGAAUUCAAGUAGGUUCCUUUCAAGAUUAACAUGGGUAUAUUACAUAUCUGAGCACAGGAAUGUCCUCCAUUAUUUCUCAGGCUCUUGACUAAAGGUAACAGGAUUUUGUCAAUGAACAUUUGAUUGGAAUUGAUCCUUUAGGCCCCGUGUAUUGGAAAAUGUCCAUUGCAUUUGGUUAUACAGUUGCUCAAGUAUUCAUGGAUAUUACCUUGUGAGUUGGAUGCCUGAAUCUGAAGAUCUGUUAGUUCA